AUGGUUCUCUUUCAAUUCUGGAAAUAUUUCGUUUUUCAACCUUCCGAUGAAGACUCUGAUCAAGUAGGAUUGAAUGAAAAUGAAUGUGAUGAUCAUGAAUUCCUUGAAGAUGAAGAUCUAUUCUAUUCAGUUGAAAACAAUGGACAAUUAUUCUCCGAUGAUGUUUUGUUUUUGAUUUUGAAUUUUCUUGAUCUGAAAUUUAUUAUUUCAGUCUGUAAGCAAGUUUCAAAACAGUGGUACCGUAAAUCGUUGGAUAUGAAAUUGAAAUUGAAUUUUAGUGAAAGUAAAAAGAUGCAACAGAUGAGCUUUCUGGAAAAAUUUAUUACAAUUCCGAGUUUGAAGAGUUUAACAGAUUUAAACAUUGGUUUUAAUGAGAUAGCUUCUGACGGAUUGAAGAAGCUGGUAGCCAGCAAAAUUAUGCAAAAUUUGACGAAAUUAGAUUUAAAGUCCAAUAGAAUUGAUGGAGAGGGAGCAGUGGCCAUUGGAACAAGUCCAUUUAUGCACAACUUGAGAGAGCUCAAUAUAGGAAGAAACCCUAUUGGAAAUGUAGGAGUUUCAACAAUGGUCAAAAGCCAAUAUUUGAGUAAUUUGAAAAUACUUGACCUAUCAGACACAAGGAUUGGAGAUUAUGCUGUUCACAGUAUUACUACAAGUCCAUAUAUGAGCAAUUUAACCAGCUUGAAUUUGUAUGGCAAUAUGGUUCGAGAAGAAGGUGUGAAAUUCAUUGCGAACAGUCCCAUUAUGAAACAUUUAACUGUACUCAUUUUGAACGGAAAUCAUAUUUUAGGAGAUGAAGCAGCCAUAUCUAUAGCACAAAGUGAAUACAUGUCCAAUCUAACGUUCUUGAACUUGUACAAUGGAAAUAUUGGUUGUGAGGCUGUAAAAGUUAUUGCUUCGAGUACUUAUUUGAAAAAUUUAACGAGUUUGAAUAUAAAUUCGAAUAAUAUCAAGACAAAUGGACUUGAAGCACUUUCCUCCAGUGAGACCUUAAAAUUUGAAACAAUUGCAUUUAGGUUGCAAUAUUGA